AUGGGCGAGCCGGGGCAAGGGUCAGUACACCUGGUGCCGUGUGACACGCAGGACAUACCACCGGCCAGCGCAGGCGUCGUCGCAGCCGCCCCUCCUGCCUCCGCAAUGCAGAAGACCUUCUACGAGACUUACCCGGCGCAGCCGCCGGCCUACACCUCCUACUACGAGAACGCCUUCAACAACGGCUACGGCUAUGACAUGCCCGGCGCCGCCUGCGGACAGUAUUACGAUGAGUACGUAGACUAUCGCGCGGCGUGCGGCCUCGCCUCCAACAUGAUGCCCCAGCACAUGGUGAUGCCCCAGGGCCACCACCAGCCGGAGUACGGGGCCUACAUGGCCGGGCCGCAGAUGGGCUACUGCGAGCCCUCGGCCGUGGGCUUCAACAAGGAAUACAUGGCGUGGGCGAGGGAGGCGCAGCAGCAACAGCAGCCGCGCCCCCAGCCAGGCAAGAAGAGCCCCCCGCCCGUGUCGGUCGCAGCCGCCCAGCCACCGCCCGUGCAGACGCAGGUGCCCACGCUACCGCAGCCCCCACAGCAGCAGGCGCAGCACCAGCCCCCACAACAGCCGCAGCAGCCCCCGCCCUUGCAGCACAACACGGGCGUGCAGGGCCAGCCGCCGCAGGUCGUCACGCCCCCGAAUCAACUCACGCCCAUCUCGCUCCCGUCUGGCACAGAGUACGACGGCAGCGACGGCGUCAGCGUCAACGGCAGCUCCGGAGGCCAGGGCGGCGGGCCGGCCAAGCGCGCCCGCACGGCCUACACGUCGGCGCAGCUGGUGGAGCUGGAGAAGGAGUUCCACUUCAACCGCUACCUCUGCCGCCCCCGGAGGAUCGAGAUGGCCGCCCUGCUCAACCUGUCCGAGCGCCAGAUCAAGAUUUGGUUCCAGAACCGAAGGAUGAAGUACAAGAAGGAGCAGAAGGCCAAGGGCGGCACCGACAAGAGCCCCAGCCCCCCCUGCUCGUCGCCCGCCACCUCCAUGCCGCCCAUGUCGCCCUCCGGCGAAGUGACGACCCUCUCCCCGCCAUCGCAGUGCCACUCCGCCAGCGCCUGCCACGGCCCCACGAGCCUCCCGAACUCGUCUUCCCACGGCCCCUCCGUCCAGCGCCAGGCACAGCUGCAGCACGAAGCCCACCCCUUCGUCGUCGCCGCUGCCAGCAGCUGCAGCGGCCCCACGCAGCCCCACGGCCCCGUCAUGAGCACGGCCAUGUCCGGCCCCCACGGGUCCUUGCCGCACUACAUGGGGCCGCCGCCCUUCCCGCCGACGUCCAUGCAGGACAUGCUGCCCCUGGGGGUGUCUCAGGCCCACGUGGCGCCGCCCCCGCACAUGCGCGACGUCCGCCACGACAUGCACCUGGGGCACCAGGCCGUGCCCGAGUUCCCCCCGUGCUCGCUGGCCCAGCUGCACCCCCAGCCGCAGAUGACGCAGGACAUGACCAAAAAGUCCUCCGGCGGGUGGGUGGUGCCGAGCCUGCAGGCCCACACGCCCAACGCCGCCAUGGGACUCCCAGCGUCCUUCGCCGAGGACGGCCGCUACUUCCCGGCGGAUCCCGCUCAGCGCAGCGAGGGCUCAUCAAGGGCCGUCGUCACCUGUCGAAUUCGAAUCGGGAACUCUAGGCUGCGCUGGACUAGAGAACUUCUAGCUUGCUCGACAACACUGGACUCCAGAAACUCUUGUGUAACAAAUAAACUUGCCCCAACAACAGCUGUCAACAGUAAGGGCAGGGAAGCCAUGAUCCAGCCGAGCCCUGGCGCCUCACACACCCAGAUCGGACACACGGGCGCUUGUCCGGUAAAUACAUCAGUUAUCCCUGAAGCCGGUGACGUGGUACCGGGCGACAGGCGACAGGCAGUUGUAUUCAAAGGUUUAUACUGUGAACGGCGCAUAAUGAAGUCAUUUUUCCCAGAUGAGUUUUGGCUAUCCUGCUUGGCCAAGGCAUCGGAAUACAGAUCGAAGCGUUUGAUACAAUCCAAAGCUCAGAGUUAUUAA